CGAGGUCUGUUUUCGGUUCACUUCACGUAAUUUCUGGUCUGGGUUCAGCACGUCCGAGGUGUUGGCGUGUGGUGGAGAGGGAACCGAUGUUGAACUUGGCUGCAGAACCAAGCGCACCUGCUGUCUCGAGCCCUGUUCUGAACCCGAGAAGAUGGAACAUGCAGGGGCUCUUGUCUUGCUUAUCGUUGAAAAAAAAUUAAAUCCGGGUUGUCCCCCUUAGCAUGUGGGAAGAUGCUCCUUGCCUUAAAGACCUUCUCGUGGAACGCAGCCAUCUGUGCCUUUGGUGUCCAACAGGUGCUUCUGGAGUCCAGUUUGUUUUUGUGUUGGACGUUUCACAGACUCCAGCUCGGUCUGAAAUGGAAUGUCAUGCUUUUAAAGAAGAGAUAAACCUGCUGAAUAGCCAGAGCCAGACCGAAUGAUGGACUGAUGGAGGUGUGCAGCAAAAUGGGUUGAGUGAGUGCAAGAACUACCUUAUUCCACUGAAUCCUGUUUUCAUUAUGUUGUCUCACCAGUGUUGGCUGAGCUGAAACUUCCUGCAUCUCGGGGAGAGCAUGUAUAAAAGAAAUGACCUCAUGGCCAAUGUGAUGGUCACCUCCGCCACUCCAGAGGGUAGUAGCAGUUCAGAUUCUCUGGAAGGGCGAAGUUCAGAUUAUGCUAAUAAAAGCUACGAUGCAGUUGUAUUUGAUGUGUUGAAAGUAACUCCUGAGGAAUUUGCUAGCCAGAUUACACUGAUGGAUAUGCCAGUAUUUAAAGCUAUACAGCCAGAGGAACUAGCCAGCUGUGGGUGGAAUAAGAAAGAAAAACAUAUACUCGCUCCAAAUAUUGUUGCCUUUACUAGGAGGUUCAACCAGGUCAGUUUUUGGGUUGUACGAGAAAUACUAACAGCACAGACCUUAAAAAUAAGGGCAGAAAUAUUGAGCCAUUUUGUGAAAAUAGCUAAAAAGCUUUUAGAACUGAAUAACCUUCAUUCUCUUAUGUCUGUGGUGUCGGCACUGCAGAGUGCACCUAUCUUCAGGCUGACCAAAACCUGGGCUCUUUUGAAUCGCAAAGACAAGACCACCUUUGAGAAGUUAGACUAUUUACUGUCUAAGGAAGAUAAUUAUAAAAGGACACGAGAGUACAUCAGAAGCCUGAAAAUGGUUCCUACUAUUCCGUAUUUAGGAAUUUAUCUCUUGGAUUUAAUCUACAUUGAUUCUGCAUAUCCCGCUUCAGGCAGCAUUAUGGAGAAUGAACAAAGAUCCAAUCAAAUGAACAAUAUUCUCCGAAUAAUAGCUGAUCUGCAAGUCUCCUGUAACUAUGAUCAUCUUACAACACUGCCCCAUGUGCAAAAGUAUUUGAAGUCUGUCCGUUACAUUGAAGAACUUCAGAAAUUUGUAGAAGAUGACAAUUAUAAAUUAUCAUUAAGAAUUGAGCCAGGUAACAGCUCUCCUCGACUGGUUUCCUCCAAAGAAGAUCUUGCAGGUCCAUCUGACGUGUCGGCAAUUAUGAAAUUCAGCAGGAGACCCACAUGUCCUGAUGCCUCAGUAGCAGCAAGUCUACCUACCCCUCCUGUACCGCGGCACAGGAAGAGUCACAGCCUGGGAAACAACAGGGGUCGUUUGUAUGCCACGCUGGGGCCUAACUGGAGGGUACCGAUCCGGAAUUCUCCUAGGAGUCAAAGCUGUGUCUACAGCCCAAUGGGGGCCUGCAGCUGCACAUUAGGUAGUUCCACAGGAGUCAUUACCAUGGAAGGGCCAUUAAGAAGAAAAACAUUGCUCAAAGAAGGCAAGAAACCUACUCUCUCCUCAUGGACUAGAUACUGGGUUAUACUUUCAGGAUCAACUCUUCUGUACUUUGGAGCAAAAUCUUUAAGAGGCACUGAAAGAAAACAUUAUAAAUCUACACCUGGUAAAAAAGUCUCCAUUGUGGGCUGGAUGGUGGCGCUGCCUGAUGACCCUGAGCAUCCUGAUAUUUUCCAGCUAAAUAACCCUGACAAAGGCAAUGUUUACAAGUUCCAGACUGGUUCAAGGUUUCUUGCAAUAUUAUGGCAUAAGCAUUUGGAUGAUGCAUGCAAAAGCAACAAGCCUCAGGUACCUGCUAAUCUAAUGUCAUUCGAAUAAUUUGCUCUCCUACCUGGUGCGACUUAAGUGCCAAACUGAAGAAACAGGCUAUUGUUCUCUAAGGAGGAAGAGGAGAAUGGUUUUCCUGACAUGAGCCAGCCAUGACUAUUUCAGCACUUUCCUGUGUGACUUGAAAGUGAUUCAGAGACAGCUUUUAGAAGCAGAAAGUGAAUGUUGUCCUUAGGAUCAGAUACAGUCUCCUGCACUGAGUGAAAGCAGACAAGUUAAGUGGACAGAAGAUUAAUCCUGAUUCCUGCAGGAUUCUAGAGCCCUCAAUUUUUUGUGGUCAGAGACUGCCAUGAACUGAUGUUUGACCACAAACUGAGCAUCAUAUCUUCUGCCUAUUCUUUUUUAAAUGGUUCUUUUUAUUGUUAAGCUGCUUUGUGUGACUGAAGAGUAUUCGGCCCAUGUUGGGUUUCAAUUCUUUCUAAUGCACAGAAUGACUGACAGUGUUAACUUGCUGCAAAGUGUCAAUUAGAAUAGAAAGUUGUGGAACAACAUUUUUAUAAUCUAAGUGCACUGAGUUGCUUGGCAGUGUGGGUGCCUCAGAUUUUUGUAUCAAAUCUCUGGACAAUUCUGCUGUUCACAUUUGAGCUAUUUGGGAAAAAUGUAUUUUGGCACAGAACAGUUGGUUUUCUUUUCAUACAGUAAUGUUACUUGGGAAUGCCCUGACAAUGGACUUUAGGCUGUUUAAAUUUAUGUUCUGCUAAUGGUCAUCUUUCAUUCUUUUACUAGUGGCAUAGUUGCUUCCAAGUUUGUUGUUUUCUUCAGUCUGAAUGUUGUUCAUCUUAAAUCCCCUGGUACAGCGAAGCAGGUAAUCGGGCGUUGUGUAUCCCAUGGCCCUGUCUCCUCAGAAUGAUUCCAUCGUUUCUGUUCUCUUCCUCUGCAUGACUCGGCUCCACGCAAGUCUGGUACCUGAUGCACCUUUAUGACACCUGGUACUGGCACAUGGUACUGCUGUUAGGAAGUCACGAUGGCAGUGAAAGCUGGGGGAGUCUGUCUGACAGUGGAGCGAAGAAGCCUUCACACCAGUCCAGAGAACAAAAAACCAAAAAGAACAUAACUGAGCCUCCUCUGAAAGAACUCUCUCCAUGUCCGUAGCCAUAUCCCUGCUGUGCCCUGGCGCUCCCGUGGCCAGAGUUCUCUUCUGUCCCCAUGCUAAGUUCAGCAAUUCCUGUUUGAAACUCCUGCCACAAGGCAUCACUAUUCAGAUCACCAGUCAAUCACUAGAAGACCUCUUCUGAGUUUCCUAAGACUGCGUAGAGGAGAAAUUUGCAAUCCAACCUCUAGCUUACAAGCCAUGAAAAAAAAGAAAGUCAGUUUAAUUGAACAGUCUAUAGUAGAACAAGAUCCUUGGCAUUAGGAGUAUUUAUUCAGUGGACUUGCAUGAUUUUCUAAAUUUUUAUUUUGAAACUUCUCUAACAACAACAACAAAAUACCUGUAUUGUUAAAUGUAGGUCAACUGUAACUUUUAUGUUAAGUAUUCACAUGACAGUCCUGAGAAUGAAGCCUGAUACAUACCAGCUUUUCAAGAAAACCAGUUCCUGACAACAACUGCAUUUAAAUCCUGGGACAUGUGAAAGUGUGUGUAAAGUUGACAAGGUCUCUUUGAUAACUCAGGAGUUGUGUGAAAAGAGUAGUAAUGCAAAACAUAUUUCUACCCUUUUUCUCCUUUUUUGCUUAUUAAGCAAAAAUUAAGACAACUUCAAACUAGGAAAAACAUCAGUAUCUGCAGAGGCAGAGCAUCCAGUGCCAUUAGAGACAGUGUAGAGCUUUUUCUAAUGUGAUAAAAUCCUGUCGCCAGUAAAUUACUUUGGAGUGUUAGAAUAUUAUCACCUAAAUUAUUCUGCACCUGUGAACUUUUGUCGUGAAUUAUCAAUGAGAUUAUUCAUGAAGAUGCAAAUGUUAUGUGGACCACCGUGUUAAUGAACAUGCCGCCUGUGACCAUGUGUGUUGUGUGUUAGGAGCAUUCAUGGGAUUCGAACCACAUGCAGAACAGUGACCAAAACGAUGACACACUAACCAGAAAAGAACUGUUCAAGUCAAGAGGGGCGUUUCAAAGUUACUUUAUUAGUAGCCCUUUCCCCUUAAAGGAGAAGAACCUCAUCUGUCUUAAAUAUGAGAUAAAUUUAAAAUGGAACACAUUGGCAGGAAAUGUACAUGCGUUAGAAGCAUGUAAAUACCUACUCAUUUCUAACAUGAUGUAGUGGAAGUGAACACCAGGGAGGACUCCUGACAUUUUUUUCCAGCAUAUUGCAACUGAGAUAAACUAAUGGAUGUUUUAACAACUUUGUUAUGUUUACGAGCCUCCCUUGAAAAGAACAGUAACUGAUGACCGAUACAGUAGCAAUAGAAGGACCCUGUACACACUCAGUGUUUAAUGGCUUUUAGAAUUUAAGGGUCCCUAAAGCGUUACAUGUGUUACUGUAUAUACAAAAGGUAGAGUGUUCUAGCCUUCAAAAAUACACUUCUACUCAAAAUUACAAGCCAUGGAGGCUGUUGGAGAAGUUACAGAAGGGUCCAUUUUCACUUGCUUGUACAACAGAUUCCCAACUGGAAAGAAGGCAUCUUUGCCAGAAACCAUGAUGGGCCUCAAAACAGUGUGGCGUGAAUGAAAGGCAAUAUUUAUGAGUGAUUCUUAUACCCAGUCAUUUGUCACUGACAGAAGAUGAAUCUGUGGAGAAAUUAAACCCUCCAAUCUUGCUCAAUUCUCAAACUCAAAUCCUACUCAGAACCCUGGAAUUUGAAAAUACGUCAAAAGUAACUUGAAUUCCCUCACAUUAUAAGAUGAACAUAACUAGUAAUAGUUUUACACAAUAGUCAGGUAACAUCGUUUCAGUAUAGCACAAUUGUGAAAUUGCUGCAAAAUA